CUGCUGGUACUGUUCAUAAAUUUUGUGGGCUAAAAGAUGGGAGAUAUGAGAAUGAAGAGUUGGUGGACUUGAUAAACAAUUCAGAAAGUUUUGUGAAAUAUAAAAUAACUAUACUUCGCUGUGAUGUUUUUGUCAUUGAUGAGGUCUCAAUGUUAAGCCAGAGACAGUUUGAACAGAUAGAGUAUGUUUUUCGCCACUUAAAAGAUGUUUCUAAACCUUUCGGAGGCUGUCAGGUUAUCUUAAGUAAAGAUUUCUUUCAACUUCCACCAGUUCCCACAAUAGAGUAUGGAGAUCCUGGAAAAAGUAUUGAGGAAAGCCGGCUUUUAGUAUAUUUUCACCACAUUCACCUCACACAUGUUUUUAGACAAAAGGAGAUAGACUUAGUUCAGGCCAUCCAUGAGAUUGCCAGGUUUGAUAUAAAUCUAAUUUUGUCACACACUAAUUAA